AGAGAAACUAUUCACAGAGUUAACAUCGGUAAACUGGUAGACUCUUGCGCAUUUUGGAUUUUUGUUUAAUAAAUAAAUAAAUAACCAAUAACGAAAUGAAUUGAAUUUUAUAUAAAUUACUUAAUUAACGCUUUUGUGAGAUACAAUAUAAGAAUAAAUUGAAGCAAAAGAAACACAAACAACAACAAUUACAGUGUUGAGAAAUUGUUUUUCCUGCAAGGUAAAAACAAUUUCAGUGACAAGUGGGAGAUAGAGAGAAGAAAGCUAUUGAAUAUGAGAGAAUAUAAACAGAAAGCUAAAGCUUUUUGAAAGGUGCAUAUAAAAGAAAAAAAUUAGAAAAACAAAGACAAAAGUUGAUAAAGAAAAAUAAAAUAUAUUUUUGUAUCAAAACGAAAACAAUUUGUUUAUAAAAAUAAAUCAGUGUUGCUGCUUAACUUUAUACAAAAAAAAGGCUGCUGCACUUUAUUUGUGUGUCAAUUGCAUGCAAAGCAGCCACACUUACCGAACUACUUUGGCACUUUGCCCGAAGUGCGUUUGUUUGGAGCAAAGACUGUACGCGUCGUAAGGUGGAGCAAAGCUCUUUUGCUCUUUCUCUCUCGUAGUGUUUGCUUCACUUGCCUAAGUGUUGGGGCAAAAUUGUCAGUGAUUUUGGCGCCAAAAUUUGACAGUUCCAGCAAAACGCAAAGCAAAAACGUAAAAACAUCAUAAAAAUAAUAGAAACGAUAUACGAACCUAAUAGAUGAGCCACAACCAAACCCAACCAAGUGCAACAAUUGAAAGUUAAUUGAGGCAAAAGCCAUAUAAUCAUCUAGCCCCAAGGUUGAAACAAUAAGAAAUAUACAAAAAUGUCGGCCGCUCGUGUACUAAAUCCUAUGAUUUGUAAAAUCAGCAACAGUCCAGCAGCAGUUAUACGCAGCAAUAUGACAUGUGGACGCCAAUUGAAUCGCAUCAAAAGGGACCUCUUUGGUCCAGCAAAUCCCAUUGAGACUAAUAAACUCUUCAAUGAAGAAUUGGAAAAGUGUCAUGAACGUGCCUCCCGCAAAUGGGGCUUUGAUUUUCGUUCUGGCUCUCCUUUGUCCGCCAAUAGCCAGUACAUAUGGGAACGUGUCUCCUCACAGGAGAGUCAUAUAGCACCCGAAAUGUACACAUUGACCCGCGCUGCCCAUGUACGCCCUACCCCUGCACCCAAGACCAGCUUGGAAAUGUUAAUGGAUGAGCGUGCUGAACGUGAAAAUUUGAGUUUAUCCCAAAACUCGGUGACCGACACAGAUUCCUGCGAUGACAGUCAGGAUGAAUCAAUGGUCGAAUUCAAAGUCCCCGCCGGUCCCAAUAAUGUUGAGGCCUGUGUGCUGGUACCCCGCAAGACACAUUUGCGCAAGAGACAGCCCAAAAUAACAGAAUACAUGAAGGAACGCAAGCGUUUGGCUCAAACCCCCAAAAAAAUCUCCCCCGCCAAGCGUAUGCGCACCUCAUCGGGCUCCUCAUCAUCUGUGCAGCAUCAUGUCAACAAUCCCAAUAGCAUAACAGCGCAUUUCUCACUAAGAACGCGUCAGCAUUAAUCACAUCAAAAGGCCUUUUGAAAAAAAAGCCAAAGCUGCUGGCCUAGCAUAUUCUUAGUUUAUUUAAGAAAAUUACACAAACAUGAUUGCAAUUUCCAUAAUUAAUUUCUU